AUGGCUUUGGACAGUAUGACUUCCAAGCGAGGAAAUCGCAAUACGACCAUGACAUCGAGCGAGUUCCCAGCUGCCCUUCGAGGCACGCUUCAACUCUACCAACCCAAACCUGUAGCGCUACCUUACUUUGACACGGAUGCAACGCUUCCCCACACGCUGGUAUUCAUCCCCGGACUUACCGAUACACUGUCAACGCUCCCUUACCUGCCCCAACUUGCAUCUCUAGCACACUCGUACGGCUUCUCGCUGGUGCAACCGCAACUCACAUGCAACCUGGGUGGAUACGGACAGUGUACCCUCGAAGGAGAUGCGCAGGAGAUCGCUGCAUGCGUCGCACACCUGAGAAGCACCAAGCAGAAGAGUGCGGGUAAGGUGGUGUUGAUGGGUCAUUCGACGGGAUGCCAGGAUGUGAUAGCUUAUCUAUUGAGUAGCUCGAGAGCCGCAGCGAAUCAUACCAAGGUCGAUGGAGCGAUACUCCAAGCUCCCGUCUCGGACAGAGAGUUUUACGAGAUGAAGAGGGAGAGUGCGUCGCCCGAAGAGAGGAAGAGGAUGGAUACAGAGUUGGAGCUGGCUACCCGACUCGUGAAGGAGGGAAGGGGUUCGAGUCUUAUGCCGAGAGAGCCAGUGACCCUGCCGACCGAUCUUAACGAUCCAGAGCAUCCACAUUCCGACGCUGUGGACCGACCUGGAACUGAGCUGGACAUAGCAGGAAAUGCAUCAGCUGUCUUGUCGCCUGCGAUGACAGCCUACCGCACAUGGUCACUGAAAGCAAAAGGCGGCCACGACGACUUCUUCAGCUCCGAUCUCGACAACUCCGACAUCACAAACAACCGUCCUGGCGCAAGAACCAUCGGUAGGGCCGUCAAGAAUCUUCAGUCCUCAUAUCCAAAGGCACAGUUGCUCGCAUUGAUCGGAGAGAAAGAGCAAACAGUCGAUCUUGCUCCAACGCUGGACCGAAUUGCUCGGACCGACAACUGUCUUCGAGGCGAAAAUACUCAAGGAGGCCAACCAUCAAGCUGCGAGUCGAGUCGCGACCGAGAAUUUGCUCAGCUUGGUCGGCGAAUAUCUGUCACGUUUUAG